AUGGCGGGAACUGAGCUCUGGCAGCUCUCAUAUUUUCUAUUUCCCGCCCUGAUUCUCGUCCAUCUCUACGUCUCGCCAUAUACCAAGGUGGAAGAAUCCUUCAACAUCCAAGCCACCCACGACAUUUUGAAAUAUGGCAUCCCGACACACAAUGUCUACCUCAGGCUCAAAGCCCAAUACGACCACAUGACCUUUCGGGGCGCCGUCCCGAGGACAUUCAUCGGCGCUCUCGUCCUUGCCACCAUUGCUCAGCCGAUCAUUUGGUAUUGUCGACAUGACGGAGAGCAACAGCAACUAUUGGUCCGGGCCUUACUGGGCCUGUUCAACGCCAUCGCCCUGGUCGGCUAUGCUGCCGGCGUGAGACGAGCCUACGGCCAGGCCACGGCCGUGUGGUACACUGCUCUUCAGGCCAGCCAGUUCCAUAUCCUGUACUAUUCUUCGCGGACGCUUCCAAACAUGUUCGCUUUCGGAAUCAGUACCUUCGCUCUACGCUUCUUCCUACCCGGUCACUCGACUUCAGAGGCGCAGGCCAGACGAGCCAGGCUGGCCUUGUAUCUCUUGACCCUGGCAACCGUCAUCUUCCGCUCGGAACUCGCAUUGCUGCUUGCAUCUCAUUGCCUGUACAUGCUGUUCAAGUCAGGCACAGGCGGUGUCUCGUCCGCCGUCGCCCUCGUCAGAAGAGUCUUCCUCCCCGCCGUUCUCUCCGCCACCGUGGCCGGCUUGCUAUUGACCGUCAGCAUCGACACUUUCUUCUGGCAGUCCCGCACUUUCCUGUGGCCUGAACUCGCCGCGUUUCUUUCCAACGUCUUCCCUUCGAAGGCAGAUCUGGGCGCGUCGGCGUGGGGCACGUCUCCCUGGCACUGGUAUUUCACGUCGGCCCUGCCACGACUGCUCUUGAACCCAACUCUCUUGCUCUUGCUACCGUGGGGGUUGACCACUACAUUGCGUUCGUCACUGGCAGACCUCAUAAUACCGUCCCUCGGAUACAUCGGCCUCUAUUCCAUCCUCCCGCAUAAGGAGACGAGAUUUCUGUUCCCCGUCAUCCCACCAUUGACAGCUGCAGUCGCGUUAUGUGCAAACUACAUUUCCACGCGUCGUGGACGCUCUGUAUUCUACUCCUUGACGACAUACGUACUUGUUCUGAGCACGGUUUUGACGGCUACCAUCUCGCACGUUGUUCUUCUGCCUCUCUCCGCACAGACCUAUCCGGGUGCCCACGCAUUGAGGGCGCUGCACACACUUUCUCUCAACUACGGCCCUCAGCCUGUCAUCCGCGUCCACCUGACAAAUCUGGCUCUGCAAACCGGCGUCACACACUUUGUCGAGGCGUUGCCAUCAAACGUAGCUGCUCGGCCGGUAUUUACCCUCCCAGGCUCCCCUGACGGAAGCAAGCCGGCAAUCAUCUCCGCACGGCCUACGGUCUGGAUGUACGAUAAAACCGACAACAGCUCCGAUUUCCUCCCCCCUGCCUUCUGGAACCAAUUUGACUAUGUUGUUGUUGAGGAUCCGGGUCAGGUUCUCGGGGCCUGGGACGUGGUCGAUAGGGUCCCUGGGCUCGGAAGGCCUAAGAUCCUAGAUCCCGCCACCGGUCGCGGGUUGAUCGUCCUUGGACCAAAGCAGCAGCGAAGACAGGAUGACGGGCUGGCGCGGUUGGCGGCGGCCAUGUACGGGGAUGUCGGUAAAUGGGGGUAUGGCGUGCUGCAUGAUAUCCUCAGAGAAGGCUUUGGGGCUGAAAAAAUGGUUGGUCCAGGCUGGAGUUGGACGAACGGCUGGUGGCUGCACUGGGGAUUGGAGACAAAGUUGUACAUUCUCAAGAGGGCCGAGGGUGGAAUCCGACCAUGA